CAAUGACUUUCCACCUGUGAUAGAAUAAUGAUAGUUCAUGAUUUAACAAUUUACAAUAUUACACUACAUUGAGAUGAAUAAUUUCUCUUUAUCCAUACUUAUCAACAAUGAUAUGAUGACUACAACGACCACAUCGACAACAACAAGUACUACUACUCAUUUGAAUACAAGUAGUACAAACAGUAAUAACACAUGUAUUGAUCAUUUUCCAUGGUUAGAAGUAUUUCAUCAAAAUUAUCAACCUAUUCAUGUUUAUUUAUGUUUAAUUCUAUGCCCAAUCGGUGUAAUAGCCAAUACGCUGAAUGUUGUUGUAUUAUGUCAACCACGUUUACGUAGUCCAACUAAUUUACUACUGACUGUUCUGGCUGUCAGUGAUGGUGUUGUCAUGUUUAUUUAUAUAAUCUUUGAUUAUUUUUAUUUAAUGACACCAAGAUUAAUUUAUGGAAUGACGAAAGCUUAUGCACAAUUAUUAUUGAUUAAUAUUGUGUUGCAGAAUUUAUUUCAUGCCUUCUCUGCAUGGAUUAUAGUCGCUGUAGCGAUAUUUCGUCUGAUCUAUAUCAAAACUGGUGUACGUGCAGCGAUCUAUUGUAAUAUGGUUAAAGCAUGGAUUGUUAUAUUGAUGGUGUUGGCUAGUUCAGUUCUAUUAACUAUACCAUUUAUGAUUGCGCAUCAAGUACGCGUGAAACCAACUGAUCCGCAUACAAUGUCGACUAGUCUUGAAUCGACAAUAGAAAGUAUCAAUCAAACCAUAGUCGACGAUUCUCAGUUGGAUACUAAUAAUACACCGUUACAAUUAUAUGAAGUUGAUUAUACUACAAAUAUGAAUUUACGGAUAAUUUUAUUUUGGAAUUCAGCUAUCUUAGUGAAAGCAUUGCCUAUUUUAAUUAUGACAACGGUGAGUGCUGCGUUGAUUUCUUCAAUACGUGAAUCAGAGAAACGUUAUCGUAUAUUACGUAGAUAUCGUAAUUGUAAAACAUUUCAAGCAACAUUAGAAACGACACGUAUUGAAAGUUUUAUCAAUAAUAAUAAUAAUAAUAAUAAUAAUAAUAAUAACAAUAAUACUGGAAAUGAUAUAAAAUCACCAAUGUCACAACAACGUUCAAAACAAAAACUUUGUUCACAUACUGAAAUGAAUUCCGGUAAUCGUAGUGCAAAUCAAACAACUUAUAUGUUAUUAACGAUUAUUAUUUUAUAUAUAGUGACAUAUUUACCACAAUCUGCUCUAUUGCUACUGAACAAUUUUCAAGGUGGAUGUUUCAAUGCCACGGUCUAUGAACGUUUGGGUGAUUUUUUGGAUUUUUUAACAUUAAUUAAUAAUGGUUUAAAUUUCAUAUUAUAUUGUGUUAUGUCAAGACAAUUUAGAUAUACAUUUUUACAAUUAUUUUGUCCAUUUUUCAAUUUGUAACAUGUUUCCCAAAAUAUACAAAUAAACAUACAACAUACACAUUGAUAGAGAAAAAAUUGAUUAGGA